AUCAGUUUAAAUAUUGUCCCAAUCAUGUUUUUUGUUGGCCAACCUCUUCAGUGAACGAUUCAUCUAUUGAGAUUAAUCGUAUCUCUGUGUAUUGAUCGAAGAUCAUUUGUUGUUGUUUGUAUCCGCCCAUCACGUUCCUUUGAUAGAUAUGAUCCCACGCUAAAGUACCUGUUCCACARUCCAUGUUCUUCCAUGCGUGUGGCCAAAUGAUCAUAAACUGUCCAUGCAAACACGAUGAAUCUACCAUAACAACUUUAUUUGAAAGCUAAUUUUCUGUCUUUUAUAUCUAAUCUUUUUUGGUAUGAAAUGCUUGGUUUUUCGCAAGUGUCUUUAGAGGUUGGAAGCGAAACAGAAGAUAAAAAAGGUACAUUUGAAGAGAAUAUAGAAGAAGAAGAAGACGACAGAGAAACGACGUUUCAGCUACGAAAGGAUGACCAACRACACAACACAACACAUCCUCAACAGACUAGUUUACGACAAGCACCCAGUUAGCAUCACAAUCGUCGAACUUCUUGCUUUAGCUGGUGUGGUAAUGUGGGCUGCAGGAUACAGGCUUAUCAAGCCAUGUAUGUUCCUUGCCGCCUUUGCAAUGUCUUUUCUCAUCUUCUACGUGGUUAGUCCAAUGAUAUUCAAAACAAAGGUCUGUUGUGGACCAAGAGGAAGUGAAUGGGUUCAUCUUCUAGUGAGUACAGUGGUUGGGUCGUUUGGUGGUUUUCUUGGAUCUAGACUUUAUCGUUUGGGUGUUUUUACCAUCGGAGAAUGCUUAGGAAUGGUAGUGGCUUUGACGAUUCUUAGUACUCCCCUCYACGUGUUCUUCAAAAGUAACACUAGGUACGGAUGCUUCAUGGCCACUAUAUCGUUGAUUUUUGGUUCACUGGCGCACUUCUUCGAGAAACCAAUCCUCAUCCUAUCCACUACGUCAUCAGGGUCCUUUUGUUUUCUCUAUGGUGUAGAUUACUUCUUAAGGUCCAGUUUUUCUGUCACUGUGGAGAGUUUUCUACUUCGAAUAAAAGAUGUGGUAGAAGAUGGGGUCAAGUCUGAGAUGAGUAACUGGUCAUACAGAGCCAAGAUACCAGAUCACAUGGCUGUGCGCUUCACACCUGAUGCUGUACCUAUGUUUAUUGCAUGGGGAGUGAGUGUUGCCAUUGGAGUGGCUGUUCAGUUYCAAGUAACAGCCAGAAAUAUUGAUGGAAGGUCCAAGUUGAAAGACUAUUUCAAUUGCUGUGGCCCUCAACCCGACAAAUGAAUUCUGACCAUAGUAAUUCUCGUGCAAAGAACAAGACUUAUCAUCCAAGAUCAGUUGUCAUGGGCUUUCCCUAAAAUUAAACAUUCUGUUUAAA